UCCCGUUGGCAGGGUAAAAGCCUUCGGCGCAGGAACGCGCGCUUUCGCUCUCUAAACUACGACUCCCAGCAUGCUUGCCCCUUAUAUCGGUGCUAGGUGUGGUAUUCUAGGAUAGGAUAAAAAGGUUAAAAGACGAUGACGCACCAAAGAGAAAAAAUUGAACAUGCAGUUUAAGCUUAUUACCCACAGAAGCCCCAGUGGCCUAAUGGAUAAGGCAUUGGCCUCCUAAGCCAGGGAUUGUGGGUUCGAGUCCCAUCUGGGGUGGUUAUAUCUUUUAACUUUGAAUUGUGUUUCUCCCUUAACUAUCGUUUGAGGUGUUACCUACUUCAUUUUACCUCUUUUUAAACGGAGAGUGCAUUGUAGUUUUACUAGCUGUUUGGCAGCGGUUUAUGAGAAUCAGAAUAGUCCGUUUCCUUCCAGCCGCAGGCUCCACCAGGCUUUUGGGAAGUCAAUGUGUUGGAUUUUGACAGCCCUUCUAGAAAUCGUUUAAAAAUAUCUUCACGGCAUGCUCUACACCGAAUCCAUACCGAUUCCCGCAGGCCUGCAUCUCCUGAGACAUGGCUGUUGGGCAGUCUUACUAAGUGACUCGGUCGGGGAAGGGCUUCUCUCCGCCUCCGGCAACACUCGACUUUCUCCUGCUUUCCCUUAAUACGUCGGGGCGAGCUCAGCGUUCUAUUCCUGAGGCUGCGCGAAUCCAGGAAGUGGAUUCCGGCUGCCGUCCAAUCAGUGGGGGUACCGGAGCCCAGGUCUGACCGCGCCGGGACGCAACUAGCGGAGGGAACAGAGGGCGUUAGAGGCGCGGACGCCACAGGGCGCCAGGCUCUGGAAGGAACGAAAAACGGAAAAUGGCGGCUUUAGGGUCCCCGGGGCGCACCUUGCGAGGCCUUCUGCGGGAGCUACGCUACCUGAACGCGGCUACCGGGCGACCCUAUCGUGACACCGCGGCCUAUCGGUACCUCAUGAAGGCUUUCCGUGCUCAUCGGGUACGGAAGCCGCACUGGGUCACCAGUGAGAAGCUGUGCAGAGCCCAACAUGAACUGCAUUUCCAGGCAGCCACCUACCUGUGCCUCCUGCGCAGCGUCCGAGAGCACCUGGCCCUUCACCAGGAGUUUCAUGGCAAGGGUGAGCGGUCAGUGGAGGAGUCCGCAGGCUUGGUGGGUCUCCAGCUGCCCAGUCAGCCUGGAGGGAAGGGCUGGGAGCCAUGAGUGUGGAGAGAUGCUGUGGAUGCCACCCUGAGGAGAGUUUCAUCAUUUCUACCAAUAUGUAUUUAUCAUUAAAUUUUUUUUUAAAGUUUAGGGAUUCUGUCUUGUCAUCUUGUUGACUGAAUGAUUAGGAGAAUAAACUGGAGGUUUCAUCUUAA